GAUGCGGGCGCGAUGGACGCCGGCGCCCUGCCCCGGCUCCGGACCGCAGCUCCCGGCGUCGCCGUCCGGCGCGGAUCCGCGUCCCCGGAGCUGUUGCGUUGCAGCCGGCGGCGGCGCCCGGGCCCCGCCGAGGCCGGGGGAGGCGCGGCGGCCGUGGCGCGGCGCAACGAGCGCGAGCGCAACCGGGUGAAGCUGGUGAACCUGGGCUUCCAGGCGCUGCGGCAGCACGUGCCGCCCGGCGGCGCCAGCAAGAAGCUGAGCAAGGUGGAGACGCUGCGCUCGGCCGUGGAGUACAUCCGCGCGCUGCAGGGCCUGCUGGCCGAGCACGACGGCGUGCGCGCCGCGCUGGCCGGGGGGCUGCGGGGCCCGGCCGCCCGCGGGCCGCCCGCCGCCUCGCCCGCCGCCGCCGCCGCCUCGCCCGCCGCCGCCUCGGCCUCCCCGGGCCCCGGCUCCCCGCGCUCCGCCUACUCGUCGGACGACAGCGGCUGCGAGGGCGAGCUGAGCCCCGCGGAGCGCGAGCUGCUGGAUUUCUCCAGCUGGUUAGGGGGUUACUGAGCCCUGGACACGCAGCACCCAUCGCCUGGGAGCCGCAGAUGGACCGUCCUCGCCGCGUCCCCACUGCCCGGUGCCCAGCGCCCGCGUGAAUCGCAGCCUCGGCCCAGAUGGGAUCUUACAAGGGCCCAGCGUGGACUUUUCACCCGUUAGCUGGACUGCUGGGGGGACCCGAAUGGACACAGAAGACUUAUUUUUGUACAAAAAAGAUUGGAGCACAAUAAAGAGGUCGCUGCCGCCCUCCCCCGUGCCGGGCAGGGUGCAUAGUGGGACUCCCCUUCUCGGAAACCCAGCCUGGGGCUCACCCAUCUGGGCCAGGCCGCUGAGCUGGCCUGUAUGCGGAGGGGAGCUGGGGGCACCCCCUUGAGCAAAGACUGACUUUAUAAAAGGUUGUUUAUAA